CGGUUCUCGCGGCAGCAACACGUAGUAGACGGUAGCACCGCGACGAGGACGCACACGGCUCGUGCACGUUUCGCUAGUUACUCGUUAGACUCGAUUCGAGCCACGCAGUAAACUCCCGACUCCGGUGGCGCAGUCGCGUUACGCGUUAUAUAUUUUUUCGUAUCUCUAGACCGCUUGCAGAGCAUAGUCACCACUACACCACCAUCGCCACUACCAUCGUCGCCGUCACCACCACCUGCACCAUCCGGCGUGUCCGCACACGCGUAACGUCACCAGGACCGUUGCACCGUCGAGUCGCCCCUUGGAAGACGAGUCCCGGUAGCGAACGUUUCGCAUCCUCGACGCGGCGAUAAAAUGAAGCUGUGGUGGAGUUUGACGCUGGUGGGUGUCACCCUGUUGAUGAUCGUCGUCAACGCCAAGGCGGAGUCCGACCUUUGGGAGGAGGACGACAAGGAGGUUCUCGUGCGAACCGUUCGCGGCACCAAAGAACGAGCAUCCGGCAGCCCCGCGUCGUGCAGAUACGUGAAGGGUCAAUGGUCGGAUUGCGACUCGAAAACCAACACGCGGUCCCGCACCUUGAACCUUAAGAAAGGCGACAAGUCCUGCGAGCCGACAAAGACCAUCGAGAAGAAGUGCAAGAAAGCUUGCCGGUACGAAAAGGGUACGUGGAGCGGAUGCGUGAAUCAGCUGAUGACGAGAGUGGACAAUUUGAAGGCGAACAGCGACGCUGGCUGCGAGAAGACGCGUCGACUCACCAAGAGGUGUAGACCGGAGACCAACACCAAGAAGACCACCAAAGGUGAACGAUCGAACAAGAAGUCGGGUAAGCAGUAAGUUGGAAAAAUCGUCGAGGGAGCGCGCUGCAAACUGUUUCGGCAACAGGCAACGAAAACAAAAUCUUGUCAUUUUCACGUGAAACUUUCAUUCUCUCGAAUAUAAAUACUGUCUAGCGUGAGCGUAUCGAACGAACAAAUUGUAUUCCGCGUUCCAGAAUGACAGCGAUCGUAAUUCGGUAGAUAAAGGUUCUCCAGAACGCUGCUGUCUGCGAAACAACCAGAUAUGUAAAUGUGUAAACCGUACGGCG